AUGAAUAAUAUCGGAGAUUUGGAAGACGAAAUUAAAGAAUUUCGAAUUGAUAAGGAGGAUUUAGAAUUUGGAGAAAAGAUUGGUAAAGGAGGUUUUGGCUUUGUAAAUAAGGGAACCUAUGAUGGUGAAGUUUGUGCUAUUAAACAAUUGUUCAUACCCGAGAAUUGUCGAACACCAAGAAAUAAGAUUGGACUUGCUAGCUAUAGUGAUGAUGAUGAAUUGUGGAAGGAGACUUUGAAUGAAAUUGCCAUCAUGUUACGAGUACAACAUUCCAAUAUUUUGAAUGUUUUUGGUUGGUCCGAUGAUAGUCAGUGUGUUUAUAUUGUUAUGGAAUUUCUGCCCUUCUCUCUUCAUAAAGUAUUAGAAACAACCUUUCCAGAGUAUGACUAUGAACCUCUGAUGAAAUCCAAGAAACAAAACUCUUCUCAACUCUCACCAACCAAUGAAUCAUCACAGAAUGGCAAAUUAAAACCUCCUUCAAAUCAACAAAACAAUAGACAAGUGAUCACACCAACCACAAAGAAACUUCUCGGAACUGGACUCACCAUUGUCGAAUCUCCAAUGGAUGAUGAGGAUGAACAAGCAGACAAGUACAAGAAAUUCCUCCAAUCACAACCAAUUCUCAGCAAUGAAAUGAAAUUACAAAUUGCCAUUGAUAUUGCCGAAGGAAUGCAUCAUUUGCACUCGAGACCAAAACCAAUCAUUCACAGAGAUUUGAAGAGUCAUAACGUGUUGUUGGAUAAGAAUUUGAUUUCGAAAAUUUCAGAUUUUGGAUUGUCUUCUGUGAGAAAUAGAAAUUCAGGAGUAUCUGGUAUGAAAGGUACAUCUGGAUGGAUGGCUCCAGAAAUGUUCAGUUCUGCAGCAUCUUCAGGAGAAAAAGCUGACGUUUACAGUUUCGGAAUGGUCAUGUACGAGUUGAUUACUCACUUAAUUCCAUUUCACGAUGUUCAAAAUCCAUUCACUGUAGCUUCACAGGUAAUUAUGGGACAAAGACCAAAGAUUGAAAAUGCUGAAAAAUUGGCACAAGAAUCACCAAUUAUUGAUUGCUUUGUUAGAUUGGUUUCGACUUGUUGUUUACAGGAUCCAGACGAACGUCCAACCUUCUCUCAAAUAUUGACCGAAUUGAGAAGUAUUCCUCUCCAAAACUCACUCGAAUAUACAGUAGAUAUUAAUGGAAAGGGAGACUAUACAUCCAUUCAAACAGCUAUCAAUGCUCUUCCAAUGGAUAUUACGAAAAUUAUACCAAAGAGGCCACUACCAUCUCAUUCAUUGACAAAAACCUUUUCAGCCAGUUCCAUGAAGAAUGCCUUCUCAGACUCGGGCUCGCUAAAGAAGGCCAGUAGUUUUAGAACUGGUAAUUUGGGAGAUAUUGGAGAGUAUGAAGAUUGUGGAUCGAGUGGAGGAGUCAUGUUGGGAACAAACAAUCCAGUCAAGAGUAAUCCACUCUCCAAUCUUGACAUUUCACUUGUUGAUAAGCAGAGACUUUUAAUGCAAAAAUUCAACUUGCCUUUCAUUGUGAGGCCAUCAGACGGAAGAAAAAUCAUCAAACCAACCAGACCACUCACAACACCAAUUAUUAAUAUUCGACCUGGAGUUUAUAAGGAACAAAUUCUCAUUGACAGAAGUGUCUUUUUGAAGGGAAUUUCGGAAGGAAAAUCACAUGCCAUUCUUUACAAACCAAAAGAUGUUGAGGAUGUCAUUCUCUUUGACAAUGUCAGAUAUUCGAAAAUUAGAAAUUUGAUAGUUUACAAUUCAGAGUACAAACCAAAUACCAAAACAACUGGAAAACUCCCACAUUGUACUGUUAAAUUGAAGGGAUCAAAAUGUGAUGCAUCCAUCGAAAAGUGUACCUUUAAGGGAGUUUCUUUGGAAAUUUGUGAAAAGGCAGAUCCAACCAUUACUGGUAAUACUAUUCGUGACUCUCCUCAUGUUGGAAUUCAAAUACAUUCAGGUGCUCAUGGCACUAUUGCUGAUAAUGACAUUUUUGGAAGUUUGGAAGCAAACAUUUUUAUAAAGGAUGGUGGAAAUCCAACAAUUGAAAAUAAUCAAAUUCACAAUAGCAUGGCUGAAGGUAUCAAGAUUGGAAAGGAAGGACUCGGAAAUAUUGUAAAUAAUAAGGUUUUUAGCAAUAGCGGAUCGAAUGUAUAUAUUGGAUCGGAUGCGGACCCUCUCGUCAUGCUCAACAAACUUUUCACCAGUGAGAAGAGGGGUAUCGAAAUCAGUGCCAAUGCCAAAGGAAAAUGCAGAAAGAAUAGAUUGUGUGGUAAUAGAGAAGAACCUCAAAUUCUCACCUCAACCUCUGCCAAGACAGUUCUGAAAGAUAAUGAAAUUUUACCACUACCAGUGGAGGUAAAACCAACAACUCAGACUGCCAACAAACCAACUGCAACCAAUACAGUUCCAAAACUUACCUCCACACCAGUCGAAGUCAAACCAACAACUCAGACUGCCAACAAAUCAACUGCAACCAAUACAGUUCCAAAGCUUACGUCCACAACAACAAGUUCUACAACUGCUAAUCAACCAACAGCAACGAAUAAGGUCAAUACAAAUGUUAAUAGUGGAAAAGUUGUGACUACCUCUCAAAAGUAUUCCAGUACUCCAAGCACAUCCAAUACAACAGCAACUGGUUCAAGCUCAUCAACAACAACUGGAAGACAGGUCAACACAACUCCUAUCAAACAAUCCCAACAACAGCUCUCAGUCACAAACAGUUCAAACAAUGUAAAUAAUACCAGAAACUCUCCACUCUCUGUCAAAUCUUCAACCCGUCCUUCUGUACUUUCGGUAAAAUCCAGUGACAAGCAUUAAACAUUCAAUGAUUUUGGAAAGAUUGUAAAUUCGACUCUUUUAUGAAAUGACGAUUUGGAAUGAACGCAUAAAUAUUAAUUGUAAUGAGGAUGGAGGCGAAAUUUCUUUUUGAGAAUGGAAUGGAUGAAUAGGAUAUUUUGGCGAAUAAAUUGUUGAGAUGAAGUGUCAUUUAAU